AUGGACCAACGUCAUAGCAUCAGCCCAGUCAACACCACCGCGGUGCCCGAAUCAGCUAUCAACAGACCCAGCUCAGACUCCACAGGCCCGACAGCAUCGCAGCAGGAUCACGCGGACCAGGUUAAUGAGACUCAGCGUCCAGGAACACCUCCUCGCCCGCCAUAUUCGCCUGUAACGCCCGUGUUCGCCCAUCUCGCGCCGGUCCAGGACCCCUCUACGAACGGGAUGACACAACCCAUAGUUCCGCCAACAACAUCGCCCUCGCCUACAUCACAAGUUCCUCCAACUCCUCCGAACCCGUCAUCUCUACCUCCACGGGCACCGCCCACAUUCGCCCCCGAGCCACCACCGCCGGUUCCAAUCUCCGAAAGCGACAACCCCGAUGCAAUUGCCCUGCGCUCAGCGAUCUCCAUUCUGCAGCUUCAAAAGCAACAGAGUCUACGGGAUAUUCAGACGUUGGAGAGGAUGAAAGAAGCGGCGGCCAAGGAUCCGGAGAGAUUUGCCCGUGAACUUAUUGAUGGGAAACUGGCGAGGAAAGAGCAGGGUGGAUUUAUCGAUUUCAACCAUGAAGAAGAGGAUCGUGAUGGAGAUACGGAGACCGCGGAAGGUGGAUCCCGAAUAUCUUCAGAGCUGGGAACACUGCCUGCAGCUCAGAAUAUCGUCCGCAUGCCGGCAAUCAACUGGGCGAAGUACCAGAUAAACUAG